CACCCCUGCACCUAUUUCGCCUUUCGCCUGCACCUUCGCGUCUUAUCAUCAACAAUGGCACCCAAACCCGCAUCCACUGCUGGCAAAGCCCCCGCUUCUACCGCCACCGCUUCUAAGACUCCCGCCAAAUCCACUGAAGGUGCUAAGGCAGCAAAGAAGACUUCAAAAGCCGCAGCACCAGCUGAUGGUGAGAAGAAGAAGAGAAAGAAGGUUCGAAAAGAGACAUACUCCUCAUACAUCUACAAGGUCCUAAAGCAGGUCCACCCCGACACUGGUAUCUCCAACAAGGCAAUGGCUAUCUUGAACAGCUUCGUCAACGAUAUCUUUGAGCGGAUCGCAACAGAGGCAUCGAAACUCGCUGCAUACUCAAAGAAAUCAACUAUCUCCUCACGCGAAAUCCAGACCUCUGUGCGGUUAAUCCUACCAGGUGAACUCGCCAAGCACGCCAUCUCUGAGGGUACGAAGUCGGUUACAAAAUUCUCAUCGGCGGGUGCCAAAUAGAGUUGGAAAUUUAUCGCAUGCCUCGACCUAUUGUUAUCCAUGUAUCAUCAGUGUAUUUUUCCUCUAAUCUAUUCUUUAUGUGCAAUUCUGUGUCGAGAUAUCCUGUAGGCCGAUUCUCGUCAAAACUCUUGCAGCUGUUGUGUAUGUAAUACAAGGAACUCUGU